CUCUGCAGCCGCUUUCAGACCGCUUCAACUCCGCUACCGUGUCAUACCUUUACUCCAUCCUCCUCGUAUUUUGAUUCCUGACGACUGUUCUUCAAGCUACGAUGCGAAUUUCGUCUCGAUAGCAGCAGUUUUUUCAAAUAUUUUGCGCGUAAGCAAGGACGUACAUUCAUUUUGGUUUUAUCCAUUCGUGGCGAUUUCGAUGCCUGACUUCGAAAAGAUGAGCAAAAACGGGAUGUUGUCCAAAAUCCACACCAGAAUAAGGACAGACCCAUUCACCUCUAACUACGAUCUGGUCGGCAAAGAGCUGGGCAGAGGGAAGUUUGCGGUGGUGAAGAAGUGUAUAGAGAAAUCAACAGGGAAGCAGUACGCGGCCAAGUUUCUGCGACUCAGACGGAAAGGUGAAGACUGCCGGAAAGACAUCCUCAACGAAAUCGCCGUGCUCGAAUCGGCCAAAUCCAACCCCUAUGUUGUGGGUCUGCACGAAGUCUACGAGACCAGCCACGAUAUUAUUCUAGUUUUGGAGUGCGCUGCCGGUGGAGAAAUCUUCAACCAGUGCGUUGCCGAUAGCGAUGAGGCGUUCACAGAAGGGGACGUGAUCCGACUCGUAAAGCAGAUCCUGAGCGGCGUGGCUUUCCUGCACAGGAACAACGUGGUGCAUCUAGAUCUCAAACCACAAAACAUCUUAUUGACGAGUUCCAGACCUUUGGGAGACAUCCGGAUCGUGGACUUUGGCCUCUCCAGACGCAUGGAUAGCAUCACGGAAGUCAGAGAAAUUUUGGGAACGCCGGAGUAUGUGGCUCCGGAGAUCCUGAACUAUGAGCCCAUCAGCACCGCGACAGACAUGUGGAGUAUCGGCGUGCUCAUCUACAUCAUGCUGACGGGAGAAUCUCCAUUUUUGGGCGACAAUAAACAAGAGACGUUCCUGAACAUCUCCCAAAUCAACGUGGACUAUUCCGAAGAGACGUUUGAAGGCAUUUCCCCGCUGGCUGUGGACUUCAUCAAAACAUUACUGGUCAAAAAUCCAAGAGUGCGUGCCACAGCAGAGGAGUGCCUGACCCAUCCCUGGCUCUGCCCCGUGUCCCGCCCACAUCUUCACAACUCCUCUUCCACCUCCUCUUCCUCAUCCCUUCGCUCCUCGCUGGACGAACCCGAGACCAGCCAAUCGGAGUCCGAGCCCGAGAGCCCCGCCCCCUCCCCCGAAAUCGACGUCAUGGAAACCUACUCCUUACUGUGUCCGGGCAAAGGCGAGCUCAAAACGGGACGCGACACUUUCUCUUUCAGCGAAUCGCCGUUUCCCACCCGACCGGAGAUAAAGCAGGAACUCAUCUGCUGAACUUAAAUUAUUGGACGAUGACUCCGUUUUGAGGACCUUUUUUUUUAGGCUUGAAAAAUGUGGAUUCCCGUUAAAAAGACGGCACUCGAACUCACCGCAGCCUUACUUAGCGAAGGGCAGUUGGGUUUCGUGCUUUUUCACCUUACAUGAGCAGUUGGAAAUAUUUCUUACUUACAAAGGACUAUGCAAAUUUGACUGAUUGAUUGAAUAAAACCCUUUACAGCGCCCCCUGGUGUAUUUCAGUAAAAACAGGUUUGCUAUAAUAGGACUUUUAGCACUGCAUCCAUAAAAUACCUGAUCACACAAUUUAGGGUUUUUUACUGACAAAGGUGUACUAUGUAACUUUUUAUGAAGUUGAGGGGUCACCAUCUGCUCGUCUCCACGCUAAGCCUAGAAUGUUCCGCAGUAUGGCUUUAAACGUAUGCAUCUCCAUGGAGACAAGCAGGCAGUUACAGGUCAGGUCUCAUGUACUUCUGUAAAUGAAUAAAUGUAAAGCUAUUAAGUUAACGUUUUACUUUGGGACAUUUCAGGCGAAACGAUAACAUUACCACAGAAACAAUGAGAGGUUACGCGGCUCACUUUUAGCUAGAGGUACAAUAAUGGACUAUAUUUCUCUCUGAACUGUAGGGGGCGCUCCGUUAAGACUUAAACGUGACAAAAACUGCAAAAGACAUGUCCAAGUUCUUCUUAAAAUGAGAAAGUAUUUGAGAGAAGACAUUGUAUUAUUGAUGCUUGUAGUAUUGCUUCCAUUAUUUUCUGUUAAGAUGGUUGAUACACAGCAAAGUCACUCUUAAGUAGUAAUAUUUUAAAGCAAUGAACUGUAUUUUUGAAGUAAUCCUGUAUGUGGUGUUUGUAAAGAGUACAGCAUUAUUGUCCACUGAAAUUGCCUGAAUUUGUAUAUUUUAUUUAUUUAUAAUGAAACUUUUGGUUGGACAGUUGAUGCUCGUGUAACAGAGCCUAAGUUAAAGGUGCAUUGUGUAACUUUUUGGGUCCGUCACCUGCUUGUUUCUGCCUGGAAUGUUCCACAGUGUGACAUUAAGCAGUUGUAUCUUACAUUUAUUCUAUUACAGGUGGUUUUAUAUCUCAAAAAUGCAUAGGAAAACAGGCAUUCUGACUGAGCGGGCUCGCCUCUCUGCAGAUCUGACCUGUAACUUAGUCUGGUUUCGUUUAAUGCCACACUGCGAAACAUUACAGACAAAGGAAUACCACCAGAAAAGCUACACAAUGCGCCUUUAACUUUGCGGAUUCACUUCUGAAUUGGCAGAGACGUACAGUGUUUUGGACCAUUUUCAAAACACAAAAUCUUUAUUUAAAAACUCACCGCUUACAGUGUGUUCAUGUGCUCAUUGAAAUACAGCGGACAAAUUUGUACUGCAUUUUUCUGAAUUUUCUGACAUUGUUAAGUUUCCAAAUGAAGCCACAAAUAAAGUUUAUUUAUUGUUACGUAUUUUAAUUUCAGUUUUUAUUAUUUUUUUUACAAUUACCACAUACAACUUAAAUACUACAAAAAUAUAUACAUUUUUAUUUUUGUAAUUAUUAUUAUUAUUAUUUUGUUCUUAAAGGCGCUGUACCUGAUUUACUGCCUUAAAAACCUGAAAAACAGCACAAUUUUGCCGUUUGAAGUCGUCCACGAUGACUUUAUAAGAGCUUUUCACAACUUUCAGACACCAGAGCAGAGUUUUGCCAUCACAAUAAAGGAAACUAACUACAACUAGCAUGCUAACCACAAACUUCCUGAUUAUCGGACAGUAAAACGUUUUAUAAUUGGAUGCAGUUUGCUCAAAUGCACAGCGGAGGAAAAAUCAGGUACUGGCCCUUUAAGGAUUUCGUAGCACUUUUAAUUUUAUUUUUAAAGGUUCACUGUGUAACUUUUCGGGUGGAGGCUGGAUACGUUUAACGCAAUCUCCAAGCGCCACACCCCAACCCAAAAAGUUCCAUACUGCAUCUUUUAGUCCCAAACAUUUGCGUAAUUUUUUAUUUUGUAAAAAUGAAAACCCAACACAUCAAAAUUUCAGAUUUAAAAACGAUUUCCUCAGCCUUCACUCUCGCACAAGUUGCACAUUUUGUUUUGUAUUUUACCCAUAAAUUUCAUAUAUUUUUAAUGCAAAACUGGGGAUAGAAGGAAUGUCUUUUAUUAAAAUAUCUGUAAUAUAACAUAAAUAUAAUAAUGAUAUGAGAAAUGAGGAAAAAGGACAUGUUUCUCCCAUUGUACUGAACAGUGUAAAUAGUUGAUUUCGUAUUAUAGUUUGUUAAUAUUUGAAUCCUUUUUCCAGUGUCUGUUUUCUGUUUUUGAGUUAUUUUUGUAACUGGUUUUGUUUUGUACUGAUCGUGAAUUUCAGACUGGUUUGCACUUGUGGUCCUCGUGGACAAAAUGGCAGAAAUGAUUAAAGUAUUUUGUGUAUGACGUGUUUCAAAAAUAAAAAUUAAACACAUUUUUAUCACA